UAUUUCAGUUUAAUAUUUAAGGUCGUUGGAAUCGGAUUAGUUCAAUAAUGGGAAAUAUUAAAUUUGGAGUUCUUUUGUUUUUAAGUGCUUGUAGUUUUAUCAAUGCGGAGACUUUUACUUUUCCAAAUUCUUUUAUUUUUGGAGCUGCAACAGCUAGCUACCAAAUCGAGGGAGCAUGGAAUGUAGAUGGAAAGCUUCCAAGCAUUUGGGACACAGCAACUCAUCGUCAACCAAGUAAUGAUGUAUUUGAUGGACUAACAGGAGAUGAAGCAGCACUUUCGUACUAUUAUUGGCAAAAAGACAUUGAGGCUUUAAAGAAUGCUAACCUCACGAUGUAUCGCUUUUCGAUCGCGUGGACAAGAGUAUUAACAAAAAAUCAACAAGUUAAUCAAAAAGGAAUCGAUUAUUACAAUACUCUGAUUAAUGAUUUAAUUGCUGAAGGAAUCACCCCCAUGGUAACUCUCUACCACUGGGAUUUGCCACAGUAUCUUCAAGACAUUGGAGGUUGGAUGAACUCUGAAAUCGUCAAAUAUUAUGAAGUUUAUGCUGAUUUGGUUUUCAAGAGCUUUGGUGACAGAGUCAAAAUCUUCAUCACAUUCAAUGAACCAAGUGUCUUCUGUGAUCACGGCCACAACUAUGCAGAACAUGCACCACAUAUUUGGACCUAUGAUAGUGUUGGUGGAAUUUUAUGCUCCCAUCAUGUCUUGUUAUCACAUGCUCGUGCUUAUAGAUUAUAUCAAGAAAAAUAUCUUGCAGCUCAAAACGGAAAAGUUGGAAUCUGCUUGAAUACUGGCUUUAGUUAUCGUGGAAAUGGAAGUGUUCCACAGGAUACUGUUGAAAGAGCUAUUCAAUUUUAUUUUGGUCGAUACACAAAUCCAAUCUUCUCUGAAACUGGCGACUAUCCACAAGUCAUGCGAGAUGCAAUCGAUCAAAAGAGCAAGCAACAAGGACGAUCAUUUUCAAGGCUUCCAACAUUCACUGCUGAAGAAGUUCAAAUGCUUAAAGGAUCUGCUGAUUUCUUAGCACUCAAUUAUUAUUCCAGCGGUAUGGUUUACCCAAUCAGCUUUGAUCCUACAAUUGAUCCAGUUCAUCAUGACAGCGAAGUUGCUGGAUUUUCUGAUCCAGAUUGGAAGGUCGCUAGAAGUAGUUGGCUUUAUCAAGUUCCUCAGGGACUUUAUGAUCUCUUGAAUUGGAUUAGGACAAAGUAUAACAACCCUGAUGUUUAUAUUUCUGAGAAUGGAUGGUCUGAUGCACCAUUAACUAUUGAAGACCACGAUAGAAUUGAAUACAUGAGAUUGCAUUUGGCUGCUAUUUCCAAGGCCAUUACUGAUGGAUGUAAUGUUUUGGGAAUUACUGUUUGGAGUUUGGUUGAUAAUUUUGAAUGGAUGAGAGGCUAUGAUGAAAGAUUCGGAAUCUAUGCAAUCGACUUAAACGAUCCAGACAGAAAUAGAACCCCGAAAAAAUCUGUAUCAUACUUGAGAAAUGUUACAAACUCUAGAACAGUCGAGGCUGAAAAUGAUGAAAUAUUCGUUGUGAAAGUUUAUCCAAUGCCAGCUGAAUAAUUUUUAUAAAAUCUUAAAUUUCAUUUAUUUUUGAUCGAAAAAUAAAUUCAUAGAGUCAAUACAUAUGAGCACGUGGUGUAUUUUAAU